GCCCCCCUCCUUGGGCUCCAGGCCGUCGCUCCGCCUGUGUUUGUCUCUCCGAAGGGGAGGAGAGCCAGAAGGAAGGCGAGGAGGAGGAGGAGGGAGGGAGAAGAAGGCAGCCCCUCAUGUCGCCCUCCCCGUCCUCCCGCGAAGGCACCGCGGGACCCUGGACGCUGCCCGGGUGAUGCCUUUCGGGCCGGAGCAAGGCGGAGAGGAGGAAGAAGAGGAGGAGGAGGAGGAGAGGGCGAAAGCGGAGGCCGGGCUCUUCGGGGACGGAUGCGGCGGAGGGGCCGGCGCCUGGGGGCUUGCGAGGCAACGCCGGGGCCCAGCGCGGAGGAGGAGGAGAGGAGCCCGAGGAGGAAGAGACGGAGGCGAAGGAGGACACGGAGAAGCAGCAGCAGCAGCCUUGAGAUGCGCUCCCCAAGCCCUCCCCACCAGCGGCCAUGUUAACCACCAGGAAACCUGCUGCCGGGGCUGGAGGAGCCGCUGCUCCUGGCAGCAGGGCCGGAGCUGGAGGAGUUGGAGGAGGAGGAGGAGGGGAGGGCGCCCGCCAGUGCCAGCCUUCUUCGCCGGGCCUCGCGGCCAGAGGCGCCUCCCGGACCGGACCGCCUUCGCCCAUCGCUUUGCCGCCGCUCAAGCCCAGCAGCGCUGCCCACACGGUUGGAGGAAAUAAGCACACGAUGAAUGAGCACCUCCACGUCACAAGCCAUGGGCAAAUCCAGGUCCAGCAGCUGUUUGAAGAAAACAGCAACAAAAGGACGGUCCUGACAACACAACCAAAUGGGCUUACAACAGUAGCAAAAUCAGGAUUGCCAAUUGGGCAAGAGAGACUAUUCGACUUUGUUGCAAGGCGGCAGGCGAGUGCCAGCUCUUUAAAGUCGACUGAUGGGCCUGGGAAGCUGAAAGCCUCUCUGAUGACACCUGAGCAAGCCAUGAAGCAAUACAUGCAAAAGCUAACCGCCUUUGAGCAUCAUGAGAUCUUCAGUUACCCUGAAAUAUACUUUUUGGGUCCAAAUGCAAAGAAGAGACAAGGUGUAAUUGGUGGUCCAAACAAUAAUGGAUAUGAUGAUGACCAGGGCUCUUAUAUACAAGUACCCCACGAUCAUAUAUCGUACAGAUAUGAAGUCUUGAAGGUGAUAGGAAAAGGGAGCUUUGGGCAAGUGGUGAAGGCCUAUGACCACAAGAUGCAUCAACACGUGGCCCUAAAAAUGGUGAGAAACGAGAAGCGUUUUCACCGCCAGGCUGCCGAAGAAAUCAGGAUCCUGGAGCACCUAAAAAAGCAGGAUAAGGAUAACAACAUGAACGUGAUACAUAUGCUGGAAAAUUUCACAUUCCGCAACCAUAUCUGUAUGACCUUUGAGUUGCUGAGCAUGAACCUUUAUGAGCUUAUAAAGAAAAACAAAUUUCAGGGCUUUAGCCUGCUGCUGGUUCGCAAGUUCGCCCACUCUAUUUUGCAGUGCUUGGAUGCUUUGCACAAAAACAGAAUCAUUCACUGUGACCUUAAGCCAGAGAACAUUCUGUUGAAACAACAGGGUAGGAGUGGGAUAAAAGUUAUUGAUUUUGGCUCUAGCUGUUACGAGCAUCAGCGGGUCUACACUUACAUUCAGUCACGUUUUUACCGUGCUCCAGAAGUCAUCCUCGGUGCUCGUUAUGGGAUGCCCAUAGAUAUGUGGAGCCUUGGUUGCAUUCUAGCUGAGCUCUUGACAGGUUAUCCUCUCCUCCCGGGAGAAGAUGAGGGAGAUCAGCUAGCUUGUAUGAUAGAACUGCUGGGCAUGCCUUCCCAGAAACUAUUAGAUUCAUCCAAAAGAGCAAAAAAUUUUGUGAGCUCAAAGGGUUAUCCCCGAUACUGUACCGUUACUACCUUGUCCGAUGGAUCUGUAGUGCUCAAUGGUGGUCGUUCCCGGCGUGGCAAACUGCGUGGCCCACCAGAGAGUCGAGAGUGGGGGAGUGCACUCAAAGGAUGUGAUGAUCCUCACUUCCUUGACUUCUUGAAACAGUGUUUAGAGUGGGAUCCUGCAUUGCGCAUGACACCGGGUCAGGCUUUACGGCAUCCCUGGCUAAGGAGGCGCUUGCCAAAGCCUCCAAUUGGGGAGAAGACGUCAGCAAAAAGAAUAACAGAAAGCACUGGUGCUAUCACGUCAAUUUCCAAGUUACCUCCAACCUCAAACUCAGCUUCCAAACUGAGGACUAAUCUGGCACAGAUGACAGAUGCCAAUGGGAAUAUUCAGCAAAGGACAGUAUUGCCAAAACUGGUUAGCUGAGUUUGAAUAAUCCAAUGCUGAUAAAUAAACAUACAAGAGAUACUACAUCACUGAGCCUUAUUCAUAUGGAAAAGCAGCUCAGAUUUCUAUUUUUAUUUGCUUGGUAACUUUAAACAUUUGUAUUUUUUCAGUACUCACUUUAAAUGUGUAAGAAAAGUUGGGUUUGAUUUUAUAAAAAAUAACAUGGGGACAAUGCUUUAAGUUUUUACACUUUUUUUAAAGGAAUUGUUUUUUCUUAUAAAUAAUAGUCAGCCUUACUAUGGGAUUAGUGUGGCACAAUAAUAAUAGUGUCAGUGGCAGGCCACUGGUGAUGAUGAACCAUCGUAUCUAAUAGCUUGAUGGGGAGGGAGCCUGAGUCCCUACCCACCCCAUAGUUCAUAUUGGCUUUUCUUUGGAGUGGAUUUGUAACACUUUCCUAGUUAUUUCUGUUUGUUUUUGUUCUGGCACUAAAACCAAGUCCUACAGACAUUUCCCUGCAUUUGUUUUGCUUUUGAUAAUACCGAAACAUUGAGGGGUACAAGUGAGAUUCCAUAUGGCUAUCGAUGUUGCAUACAGAAUAUGGAUAAUUGCCAGAUUUAUGCAUAAUACUUUCUAUAAAUAUUUAUCAUAUAACAAUAAAAAUUUGCAUCCCCAUAUAGCACUUCCAUCUCAUGCUAGUCAAUAUACAGAGCUUGGGAAAGCUGUUCCUAUGGGCUGCAACUUCCAGAAUCCCUCAGAUGACAGAGGGCAUUUUAGGAGCUGUAGCCCAAAACUCUGUCCUCUUGUUUUGCCCCUCAUUUCACUCAGCUCUUCCAUGUAAUGUGUCUAGAGGAUAGAGUGGAAAUGUUGAGAAAAACUGAAAUAUAUGCAAUGCUUACUUUAAAAAUUUAAACUUAAGAUUUAAUUUGUGACUUGGCAUUUAACACUAUGCUGUUUAGCACAUCUGUUAACUGGACAGACUGAUCAUAUGCUUGUUUAUGCAUAAAUAAGAUUCAGAUACAUGCAUAUGGAAUUGCAACCUGAAAAGUAUAAAUGCCUUAGGUUUCAGGGCUAUGUACUCUUCGUGCUGGGACUAAGUUCCAUUGAAGUUGACUGUAACAAACAACAGUAGAUCUGUUGUGCUCUUAGUUUUGUGAUAAGAUGGCUGUUUCACACUCUGUGCAUAGGAUUGGUGAAAAGGACUAUAUGAAAUUAAAGGAUCUUUUCAUAAUACACAAUUAUAGCAAUGUAUUCCACUUAUGCCAACUUCUUAUGGAAUCCUGGGAUUUGCAUUUUAAGGAAGGAUAUUAAGAAAUCUGAACCAGAGAGCUCUAGUGCUUCACCAACCUACUGGCCACAGGACUCUAAAGGAUGUAGCCUUGGCAGUCAAAGUGGAAUAUAGUUCUGUGGUUGUAUAGUAUGAAUGCCAGAAGUCAAAAAAGAUAGGAGCCGAGCAGCAGUUAACAAACAAGGAAUGUCUUUUGUGCUUUUCUGGCAAAAAUGACAAUACCCUCUUUGAUAUUUUGUACUUCAUUCUCACUCACAACCUGGGAGGUCUCCAGAUGCCUUGGACUUUGUAUCCCAUAAUUCCUAACCCAUGGGCACAUGGUCAGGAAUUAUGGGAUAUAUAGUCAAUGGCAUCUGGAGAUUUCUUAGGUUGACUGUUCCUGCUCUAGGUACAGAAAAUCACCUUGGAUUGGAAUUUUUUAAAUGUGUUGAAACUUUUCAUGGGUCCAGAUAUGUUCCAUGAGCAAAAUGUUACAAGAAUCAGGUGGUACAGUGAAGAAGGUUAUGGGGAAGGCCGACUUCCCCCCCUCACCCCCUUUCUUUUUGUAACAUCUUGCCUGAUUUGGACUCAUGGAAACUUGCACACGUGUGUGUGUGUGUGUACUUUUUGUUUAGCCUAAUAAAAGUAUUCUACUCCUACAGAUUUUGGUUUUUUUUUUUCUUAUGGCUAACAUCUUUGCCCUUUUAAAAAAUAUAGGUGUAGCAUAUAAUUGUGGGAAGCAACAUUAUAUGGGGCAAGGUAGGGCAAUUUGUGCCCCCCCCUUGGUUUUGUUGGACUACAGUUCCCACAAUCCCUUACCAUCUUCUGUGCUUGGGCAUUUUAAUCCAGCAACAGCUAAAGAGCACAUGUUCCCCAUCCUAAAUGCCUUCUAUUGGUUUAGGUAAAAGAUGGGCACAAUGGGUGGCCCAUAACCUCCCAACAAAGAGAACCUUGUUUUAAAAAAUGCUAUGAAAUGGCCAAAAAUUAUUGCUGAGUGAAAGGUAUUUCCACCAAGUUUGGGGUCUUUCUUAACCCCACCCCCAAUUAAACAUAAUUUCGCAGAACAAAUGUUAUCUGCUUCAAAAUAUCCCAAAUUGCCUCAAUAGACCAGACAGACAAAGCAAAAGCCUUGUAUUUCCUAGAGGGCAUGAGGGGCACUUGGGGGUAGGCUGCCCUAUUAAGAUGGUCUAGAGGGCUAAUGCGGCCGCAUAGACUUCCAGAGUUACCUGUGCUGUGGGUAAAAUCAUUACAUGUUUUGAGUGAAAUUUUCCUCUCAAACGUAGUUUGUAUAAUCUAAACAUGUUUUAUAGUAGAUUCUCCCACCCCAGUUCCCCCCAAAAAAUCAGAUUUUGGGGAAGAGAAACCACUUCAUCUGCUGUCCUCCUAUGGCCUUGACUCUAUGGCUCCAAGCAGAGACUUACUACCACUAUAUUAUCAGCUUUCUAUGCUGUAUAGUGAUAAUGGGGGGGGGGGGGUCUAACAGUCUUAAGCACCUGGCUACUAAAGAGUCAGUUUGUGAUCUCUUACAGGUUUAACCACUGCUCCUGAUUCUUUAUCUACCACCACUUAGGUCCAUUGAUAUAGGUAUCCGGUUUUAGGUAUCAGAUGGUAUUGGUUUUAUACAUACUACUUUUUAAAAAUUGGCUGAGAAUAACUGGUUGCAUAUAAGUCAUUCAGUCUUAUUGGGUUUCAACUCUUGUGUUAACAUCUAUACUCAAAUUCGUAGGGUCUAAUAUAACUCAAUGCACAAAUGAGUUGAUUUCUCUCCAGAACUGACACCUGAAUUAUUUAAUUGCAUGGACUUGCCAAGACUGGGCUUGAAGCUUAGUGUUUGACUUGAUGAAGUCAACAGACAACACUAGAAUUCCAAAUCUGGAUACAGAAUUAAGACUGAUGUAGCCCAAUAUGGCGUUCUCUGUGUGUGUGCAUAGAUUUCCAAAGUUCAGUAAGCCUUCCAGUGAUUUCUCCACAUAUAUGCAGAAAUAAUUUCAGUAAACUCUACAAUGAUCUUUAAGAAAAAUGCUAUAAACAUCUCUAAAUAUGAACAAAAUAUUAUUCAGAAAUGAUCUAGCAUCUAUACUUGGGUAGUAGAUUGUGUGUGGGUGUUUUUUUUUUAAGUGGAAAGAUGAAUGAAAGUGAGGUGGACAAAUGAUUCUUUAAAAUUGUGAUUGCUAAAGCCAAAAUUGUUUGAAGCAAACUAUUUAAUGCCUGGUCUAUACGUAGCAAACUUGUGACAUGCAUUUUGGGUCCUUUUAUUUUCUUUUGCAUCCUAUGUCUACAUGAAAGAGAGGUCUUUGCAUUGUGUUGUCGAAGGCUUUCAUGGCCAGGAUCACAGGGUUGUUGUAUGUCUUUCAGGCUGUGUGGCCAUGUUGCAGAAGUAUUCUCUCCUGACGUUUCGCCCACAUCUAUGGCAGGCAUCCUCGGAGGUUGUGAGGUAUGGAUAAACUAGGCAAGGAAAGGACACCCUGGACUCUCCACAGAUAUAUAUAUAUAUUUCCUUUCCUUGCCUAGUUUAUCCAUACCUCACAACCUCUGAGGAUGCCUGCCAUAGAUGUGGGCGAAAUGUCAGGAUAGAAUAUUACUGGAACAUGGCCACACAGCCCGAAAGACAUACAACAACCCUGGUCUUUGCAUUGUCUGCUCAGGAGAUUUGUUUGAUCCAAACCUGGAUCUUCCAGACUUCUGUAUACAUUUUGCUGGGUACAGCUUCUAAAUCACAUCAAACUUGCCCAAGAGCACCAUUAUGUUCAUUCAUCUCAGUGGAUAAUCAUGCUGUUGAAUUUGACCUAUCUGAUGUGUCAUAACUUCAUCAACAUACUGUACUUUCAACCUUUUGAGGUGAACAUUGUGUAGCUCUUUCUGUAAACUAGCUGGGUUCUUAAAGGGGAAAAAAUCCCUAGAAAGCAAAACACUAAAUAAAAGUGCUUCUCCAUUAACAAUUGUUGCAGGAUAGAUAUAUAAGCACCCCUGUAGAAAUAACUGGAAAACAUGGGCCAAGUUGGGUUUCAUGGGCCAGGAUGGAGUGUUUAAAUAAGUGUUCACGUUACUUCAACAUUUUGUGUAUUUAUUGCCUGUGCAUGUGAUGCUGACAUUUCCCACAAUUUUAUUGUGUAGAUCUGCCAUUAACAUUUAGAGAAGUGGUUCUCAACCUAUGGGUCCUCUGGUGUUUUGGCCUACAACUCCCAGAAAUCCCAGUCAGUUUACCAGCUGUUAGGAUUUCUGGGAGUUGAAAGCCAAAACAUCUGGGGAUCCACAGUUGAGAACCACUGAUUUAGAGGUAUGAUUUGAAUCUUUAAGGAGGUUCGGGUAAUCAGCAGAGCUACAUCUAUUCUUCUAUGUCCUCCUUUAUGAGGGACAUUCCAGAUUGAAGACUGUCCAAAUGUAGACUGGUACUCAUUGUAGGAUAUCCUCCACAAUUCUAGUAUACCUGAGAAGCUCGUAUAUGCAGAAAAUUAAAAGACAAUUGCAAUCUCCUGCUAAUUCUGUACCCGGAUGGUUAUUCAAAAUUAGAGGAAAGAGCAGACAUUUCUGUAGAUUAUUGUGUUUACAUUAUUAUGUUUACAUUCUUAUCAUUGAAACAGACACACUCUUUUCCCGACUGGAAAACAGAGUUUUUUAGAUAGAACCCCUCAAUCUGUUCACUUAUUUGUUUUGUACUAGAAAGACAUAGUCUUUAUUCAGUAGAUACCACUUUCAGAUAAAUGCAGUUUAAUCUGAUACACAUACUACUGUCUUUACAUGGAGAAGGAUGGUCAAAACAUUUUGAAAGAGCAGCAAGUUAAUAGAAUUCAGUUCUGUAACAUUGCUUUCCAAAGCAAACCAAUGUUAAAAUCAGUGUCACAUAUACAUUGAUUAUGACCAUCAUUUUUAAGGAGACUGUGGCAUUAACUGAAGGGUUUGUGGAUGCUAUAACAAGAAGCAGUUUGGUUUGGUGGCAGAAAGUUUUAGAAGUAAUGUUCAUAAACGUUGAUAUGCACAAAUCUAAUUAUAAUAAUUGUCAAAAUGUCUUUUUACUACUUAAAGCAUGGUCCCCAGAGAGGCCAAGAAAGUUUCCGGUCAAUUUCUUUUAAAUGUUUUUGUUACUUUUAAGUGUUGGAAAUGGGCAUAAAUAACAAAUGAGGAAUUCUCAGGAAACACUACUUGCCAAAAAGAAAAACCAGCAAAAUGGAACAAAAAUGCUGAAGAGUCCCCUUCUUGACAAAUAAUCUGUGACUGAAAGGAGAUGCUUAUUAAUCUCUGAAAACUUACUUAACAAUGUCCCUUUUUUGCAUAUGUAACUCUGUCUCCAAACGAUGCUGAAUUAUUUAUAUUAAAUGUACACCGUCCUGUAGUGUGUGGCUAUGCAAUAUGUGUGUGUAUUAGUAAUAGUGGCUUUGGGAUCUAAGGAUCCAUAGCUUAUCAUGAUGAUUAGUUGUUUACUAUGGCUCUGAUUCCAGUACUCACAUGGAGUUCAUAUACUCUUGUGUGUAACCUUCCCAAUUCAUUCAAAUGGCAAGGCAAUCCUUUAAGGUUCUGUAUAGAGAACUACAACCUGCAUUGUAAUUAGUUAGGAAUCCUUCACAUGUGUGAAAAGCAGAUUUACACAGAAGUGCUCCUGUGUCUAUGGGUGUCCUGACUGACUCCAUUUAAUUAGAAAACCUUCAUGUGUGUGAAAAGCAGAUAUACACAGAAGUGCGCCUUUAUCUAUGGGUGUCCUGACGGACUCCAUUGUUUUAUCUUCAGCCCUCAAGAAAGCCCAUUAAUUGUAUUCAAAUAAAAUGUGUCCAUUUUAUUGUUCAAUACAAGUUCAAAGAUGUUAACAUAAAUCCCCAUAGAUGAUUCACAACCAUCAUGGAAUUUGCAUGAGCUAAAAUUACUAAAGUAACCCUUUUCAGGCAACCAGAUUUUAAAUGCCAAUCAUGCAUAUAUGAUUGACCAUAUUCAUAAUGCCACCGGAAACUUUUAGGGCAAAAUACAGUGUGAACUAUUUUUUAAAAUUCCCAAAUAAUGAGACCUGUAUGCUUUUACGUGAAAAGAGACAGCCACCUAGGAGUGUUCAGCCACUUGGUUGUUUAUUGUAGUUUAUAUAGAGAUUGGGAAAAGGGAGGAGAAAGUAGGAAAGGAAAAAAGAAACAUUCUAAAGCAGUGGUUCUCAACCUGUGGAUCCCCAGAUGUUUUGGCCAACUCCCAGAAAUUCUAGCAGCUGGUAAACUGGCAGGGAUUUCUGGGAGUUGUAGGCCAAAACACCUGGGGACACACAAGUUGAGAACCACUGUUCUAAAGGAUCUCGCUUUGACAUGAUUUUGUUUUUAAGGGCUCUUAUUAGUUGGGCUAAUAGAUGUUGACUUGGAAACUUUGCUUUGUCUCACAUGUUACCGUUAUCAGGGGACAUCUGAGCUUCUUUGCAGGAGUAGUAACAGCACAGUACUGUCUUGCUUUUGGUUGCAGUCUGAUUUUUGCCCACUCUUGCACCCACUGAAGUGUUGGAUGAUUUGCUGCGUCGGUAUAGUGGUACAGCUAGGGGACAACAGCAUGCAAGACGCAUGGAAGAACUGCGGAGAAUACAAUUGUGCCCUUGAUGUUAACAAUGUGCCUUCUGUUACAAACAACACCACGUUGUGAAGCAUGCAACAUUGUCUUUUUAACCUUUUGAAUGCUGUGCUAUGUAGUAAGAUUGGAAACUAUUUUUUAGAAAUACUAUAUUUGUCCUUAAUACAGCAUCUCGUGCAUAAGACACCUAGCGACUCUCCUUGUUUUUCCUGCGGUGAAAUUAAUGAUAGUUCUUCAAGACUCUUUGAUUUGCAUUCUUGGCUGACUCUCGUUGGUUUCAUUUGGGCAACAGCAGGAGAUGUUUCUGGUUGAUUUUGGUCUGCAUUUCCAAGGCCUUAAUAUAGAUCAUAAGGCAGUUGUACAACUUUUCAGAGACAAGAUACUUUUGUGGUAGGACUUUUCAUGCGGCUUUAAAGAUUAAAGUUGGCACUGUGUAGUAGUUAGCUGUAACCUUAAUAUCAGACCGAUUUUUUUUUUUAGGAACUAGUUUUCAUUUUGUUACAACAGCACUAGACAGAAUCAAUGACAUUUGUUUUAAAAGGAAGUAAAAUUACCUCAGACUCAUUAUUUUAUAGUAAGAUUUCAUACUAGGGCAUUUGGUAUGAACCAAAGUGCAUUCCUUUUUCUACAUGUCCGGCUCCAAUAAAAUGUGGCCAGAGAUUUUUACACAUUUGGGUGCAAGGCAUUUAAUGUCGCUGUUACUUGAUGGGUGGUUUGGGGGGUCAUAAAAGACCCCCAAAGAAUGUCUUUCUUUUCUUUCUUGUUUUAAAAUCAGUAGUUCAUGGCUUCUGCAAAGCAGCCUCCAUUGAUUAGAAUGGGGCUUGUGCAAAACCUUGUGAAGUUGCCAUCGAAGUGAAUGGAAUAGCAACAGAACUUCAGGAACUGUGUAGCAAUGGGCUGUAUUGGACUCUUUAGACACGUGUCGGAAUUUUUCAAUUCUGUCUAUUUCCCAUCAGAAACAUCCCCUCUUAAUCAAAUGUGGGUGGUUAAUAUUAUAAAUUCAUUUCUUAAAAUGUAAAAGAAAAGGUUUCUGUGUCAGUAAAGAUUUUAGCAUUGCCCAUUUGAAAUAAUGGUAACACUGAAAUUUUCAAAAUCAUCUGUGAAUUACGUUGUUUCUAGGAGCGUGUACAUCUCUUCUACAAAAUACAAAGUAAUAUUAAAGGGAGUCAUUGUAUUUACUUGGCUCAGCUCAACUGCUACAAUUAUGUCUAAGAUGUACAUUGGGUUUUCUUUUCUUUCUUUUUAAAAAUAAACCGAGCAACAACUUAGACACGUGACUGUAAUAUGCUGCAACUGUGUGUACUGAAAAACAUGUGAAAAAAAAGAUUGAAUGUGGAUUGUGUAUAUAUGUAUGUAAAAUUUUAUGUGAAACGCUGCUGUUGUCACAGCCCCACUUCACAUUAAAUAUAUUGUAGGGGGUUUUAAUCCUUGUGGCCAGUUUUAUGAUACUGAACGUAUUGUAUAGCUGAUGGCAGGAGUUAAGACAAUUUUAGUGAAUAUUUGUUACAUUUAUUGUUGUGGCCAGAGAUCAUUUCAGAAUAAAAUUUUAUGUCCUAUAUAAA